AUGCCUGCCAUCCUCGAAAUACCGCCGAACCAUUUCCUCCCACACCCAUUCGGGGCCCCCUCCUUACCGUCUUCGACCUCCAGACCGCCGCCGAUAGAUAGAGCCGAGCUCUCUAGGCUUCAAGGGGAACUACCUAGACAACAAUCGAGCUCGCGAAUAGCUUCAGAUAUGGCGAGGAUGGGGGUUGCUGUUGCGUCGUCGUUGCCACAUCACUAUGGGGGCUACUCACAUCCAAGGAGUGAUGUUCAAAUAGGAGUAGACGGGAGGAAAGACGUCACCGCCUUCAACCAUAACCACAACACCAACACCAACAGCGCCCGGCGGGAAGACAGCACCACGCAACAGGCCAGGCCGGCACAGAGGCAACCAAUGCCACUGAUCAGCCAGCACUCUAAUAUCAACCAGGAGACCUCCUCAGACUCUCCGGCCAAGUCUACAGCUCGGAGCACAUCUAGCCCACAGCUAGGCUCGUCCAUGAGCGGUAAUGGAGGCAAUCUAGCAGAGUUUGCUGCUCAGGUGGCUUGUUUAUUCUGGUUUGCCAAAGCCUCUAAAUUGAAACAGAUCGAAGACGAUUCUUCAUACACUCCAACUUCACCUCUGGAGCUGGAAUUUGCACCAAGCCCGGGGUUCAAGAAAUGGGUUACCACAGUACUAACUACCACUCAAGUGAGCAAGAAUGUUAUUCUGCUAGCACUCCUGUUCAUCUACCGCCUCAAGAAGUUCAACCCUGCAGUACGAGGGAAACGGGGGAGCGAGUUCAGGUUAAUGACCAUUGCCUUGAUGAUGGGGAAUAAAUUCCUUGAUGAUAAUACCUACACAAACAAGACCUGGGCGGAAGUUUCCGGUAUAUCAGUUCAAGAGAUUCAUGUGAUGGAAGUUGAGUUCCUCAGCAAUGUCCGAUAUAAUCUGUUCGUUACCAAGGAAGAAUGGAACCAAUGGCUGGCAAAGUUAUCAGUAUUUUCAAGCUAUUUCGAAAAGGCUUCAAGACUUUCGCUGGAUGUUUACUCGGCCAACCGAUCUACUCAUGCUUCGCCAGUUCACAGCCCGUUAACCCCCGCCGUGGACAACUAUCGAGCCUCACAACAAUUGACAAAGCAGGUAUAUCCUACUUCCUCACAAAAUUUUAACGCCCCUCAGGCUCGUUUGUCAUUGAGCAUCCCUCAGUCUAGCAAUACAUCCUUUGGUUAUGAUGAUCCUGCAUCACAUUCGGCGGUACUUGUGGAGCCAUUGAGUGCCCAUAGGAAACGCAGUUGGGAUGACCAGGCAAACGAUAAUCCAGCCAAGAGACCAGCAACUGCGACUACGACUUGGGUUCGACCAUCAACGCAAGCCCCAGUACAGCUUUAUAAUUCACAGUUGCCCUCUACUGCACCCCCUCCCCAGGCUCAGUUACCGACGAGUAUCGUUUCUAUGCCACCUAAUAUGGCGUCCCAACUUUCAAGGCCUCUUUCGGGGUAUCCUAUGGGGCCUGUACAUACGCCAACCUCUGUCGCUCCGCUUACCGUCACCCAGCCUAUCUCUACUGCUUCUCGUUCUACCAUUUUCCCAGUCAACAACACUGCAGUUCAUUGGAGUCAACCUUCUGCUCCUCAGCCAAUUCUGGCACCAUUGCCGGUCACCAAUCUCCAGCAGAGCGCUGCUAGCGGGUUUUCUGACUCUUCAAGGCGUUCUGGCUCAACCUCGUUUCCAGCAACCGCACCCCCAACUACGAUUUCACCCGCUGUUCCAGCAUACUCGGUUCGCACGCCCACUCACCUUUCGCCCUCUUCCAUCCUCUUGGACCGCAAUUCCCCAUACCGCCCAGUUCGUUCAGUCAACACUCUCCUAUAUCCUCCUCCGGCUGGCUCUCUACUUCAACCUCGACAGCUGUCGGUUGAUUUAAUGCGAUAUCAACCAUUAGGCAAAAGAAGCUCGGAAGACCGAGUCGACCGAACUGGUGUUUUGCCAUAUUCCCAGCCCAACAUAUGGGGAGAACAAUACUUUUCUCAGGUCCAGCCAACGACACAGACGACACAGUAUCACCAAAACUGA